AUGGAGCAUCUACCUGUGCAUCUUGCAUAUGAAGCCUAUCUUGGUAGCCCCGUUCAAUACAGGUGGAUGUAUCCCUUUGAAAUAUUCAUGGGUGAUUCAAAGCGAUCAGUGAAAAAUAAAGCUAAAGUUGAAGGAUCAAUAUGUGCACAUUACUUGCAUCGGGAAACAUCACAUUUUUGCAGUCAUUAUUUCAAUCAUUUGAUGUUAACUCCAAGAAUCAUAAGGAAUGAAUUUGAUGUUAACAAAAGAAGUCAGUUUACCUUGUCAAUCUCCGCUCUUCCCGGUCGCCCCUAUGGAAAGGAGAAUGUGCAUUGGCUGACCCAAAAAGAAUUGCAAUCUGCACAUUUUCAUGUUCUAAUUAACCGUAUUGAAGUUAGGCCAUAUCUUGAGGCAUUUAACGCCUCCUAUUUUCAAAGCACCGGUGAACAAGCAAUUAGCGGUCACAUACGUGCAUGUUUUCCAGCAUGGUUCAAGGAUCAAUUGUCAUGCAUUGUUGCACCGACUCAAGAAAUACUUCAUUUGAGAAACAUAUCUAAAGAGCCUGCUCAAAGAGCAAUUGAAUGGCACACAUACUUUGUGAACAACUAUAAAUUUCACACCCAGGCUUGGACAGAAGGGAAAAAAACCAUAAAUAGUGGUGUAUUUGUUAAAGGAGUUACAUAUGGUGGUGAAGACGACUUAUAUCACUACGCCAGAAAUGAGAUUUAG